AUGAUCUUCCAAUCGCGCGUAUCCACAACUACCGUGCACGAACUCCUCUUCGCCGACGACUGCGCCCUGAACACCACCUCCGAAGCGGAGAUGCAACGGAGCAUGGACCUAUUCUCCGCCGCCUGCGAGAACUUUGGGCUGGUCAUUAACACGCAGAAGACGGUGGUGAUGCACCAACCGCCGCCCAACUCAGCCACAGCCCCCAACGCGCCGCCGCAAAUCAGCGUGAACGGAAAUCAACUGCAAGUGGAGGAGAACUUUCCGUAUCUGGGCAGUACCCUCUCCCUCAACACCAAGAUUGAUGACGAAGUCGCCAACAGGAUCUCGAAAGCCAGUCAAGCCUUCGGUCGUCUCCGAAGCACAGUUUGGAAUCGCCACGGUCUCCAACUGAGCACGAAGCUGAAGAUGUACAAGGCCGUCAUCCUGCCGACGUUACUGUACGGAGCAGAGACAUGGACGGUGUACACGAGACAGGCACGCCGACUGAACCACUUCCACCUCAGUUGUCUCCGUCGCAUCCUGAGGCUGAACUGGCAGGAUCGAAUCCCCGACACGGAAGUACUGGAACGAACGGGAAUCCCCAGCAUCUACGCCAUACUGAACCAAAUGCAGCUGCGCUGGAGCGGCCACCUGGUGCGCAUGGACGACGAGCGACUACCCAAACGACUCUUCUACGGAGACGUCGCGACGGGUUCUCGUCGUCAAGGAGGCCAAAUUCGCCGUUACAAGGAUACUCUGAAGUCCUCCCUGAAGCGCCUGCAAAUCAACCCGACUAACUGGGAAGAGCUCGCUCGCGAUCGUCCGACAUGGAGGAGAACAGUGAAGACGGGCGCUGCUAUCUAUGAAGCCAACCGAAUCGCCGCUCCUAAAGCGAAACGUGAAGCCCGCAAAUCACAACUCCGCCCAGUCCGCAACGCCGCCGCACAACCUCCCCCUACGUGUCCUCGAUGCCACCGGACAUUCCGGGCACGAAUCGGACUUGUUGGACAUCUUCGGAUCAACUGCACCUCUCGAACUGCUCCAGCCAUCGUUCCCCCGCCUGCCUCUUCCUCGUCCUGUCUUCCGCCAAAUAACUCUGACACUCCUUCUGCACCACCACUUCCAUCCUCCUCCUUCUCCUCCACUUCCCCAGCGGUGGCCGCUUAG